GCCUGUGGGUUCUCCAAACCGCACCCCAACAUGGACGGGCAGCACUCGGAAAAGCCACACAGCCACAGCACGGCUGAUAGGACGUCAUCAACCAUGUCCCAGAACUCCAGAUUCUCCUCCCAUGUCUCCAGAUCCACAAAGGACCUAUCUUGCAUGAAGGUACCUCAGGACCCUGCUCACAGGGACAGACAGGCACACCCCACCACCAUCCUGCUCUGCAAGUCACAGAGCAGCCAGGCUGCUCUUGUGCCCAAGGAGCACAAGAUGUUCAUGGAGGAAGCCUAUAAUGCAGCUAUUUGCUUCAAGAUGCUCCGAGACCUGAAUAGUUCAGACCCCCUCCACCUGAAGUACAUCAUCAAGAAGAUCAAGAACAUGGCUUAUGGGGCCCCCAACCUGGUGCUGGAAACCAUCCAUGACUACUUUGUAGACAACCCUGAGAUCUCCUCCCGCCACAGGUUCCGGCUGUUCCACAUCCUGGAGGCCGUCAUUGAAGCCAGCGACUCCCUGGAGGAGGCCUGGGAGAAGUCGUUCAUGCAGCUGGCCCUGGAGAACAUGACCAAGUCCACGGAGAUGGAAGAGGCGUACCAGGACGCAGCCAGCAAUGUGCUGCUGGCCAUCUGCAGGCACUCGUGGCGGGCGGUGGCCCAGCACCUGGAGACCGAGGUCCUGACGGGCGUCUUCCCGCACCGCAGCCUCCUCUACGUGAUGGGCAUCCUGACCUCUAACGAGGCAAUCUUCAACCAGGGAGAGAAGGCAUGCUGGGAAGAGCAGCUGGCCCAGAUGGCUGUCAAGUCGGUCCAGUUCCUGAACACAGACGUGUGGUCCAAGGAGCUGCUGUUGGCACUCACCAAGCCUGACCAGACACAUCAGGAGCAGCCCCCAGAGAAGGCUUUUCUGUUCAUCUACUAUGGGCUGAUCCUUCAAGCUGAGGACAACAGCACCUCUGUCAGGACACACGUGAGAACCCUCCUGGACACGUCCCACCAGUGGCCCAAGCAGAGGGAGGGUAUCGCGCUCACCAUAGGGCUGGCCGCAGUGCGCCACCUGGACCACGUCUGGGCUGUCCUGGAGGAGUUUGGCCGGAGCAUGCCCAUUAGAUGGAGCCUCCACAGCUUCUGCCUGAAGAAUUCAGAGGACCUGCAAUGGAAGUGGGCCAGCAGCACCAUCCUCCUCGCCUACGGUCAGAUGGCGGUCAGGGCCAAGGCGCACAUCCUCCCGUGGGUGGACAACAUCUUGUCUCGGAUGGUCUUCUAUUUCCACUAUAGCUCCUGGGACAAGACCCUGAAGGAGAGCUUCCUCACUGCUGUCCUCAUGCUGGUGGAGGCCAUCAGCCACAAUGAGGGGGCCCACAGCUACGAGUUCUCCCAGAUCUCUGAGCUCCUCGAGUGUCUGAUGGUGUUGGUGGAGAAGGAACCCCAGGACACGCUGUGCACGUCAACUCGCCAGCAGACCAUUCACAUCGUGUCCGGCCUCUGUAAGCUGCGGCCGCCCCUGGACUUGGAGAGGAAGUCACGGAUUCUGUCCGUCUGCCUCCACAGCGUGUUGGCCCUGCCACAGCUAGACGUCCUGGAGAAACACACCUGUCUCUUUCUAGAACCGCCCAACGUACAGACCCUCUACAACAAGACCUCGGAGGCCCUGGACCAGAUGCUGCAGAGCUUCAUCAUACAGAACCCCACGGCCGACGAGCUGCACUUCUUGCUGUCGCACCUGUACCUCUGGCUGGUGUCGGAGAAGGCACACGAGCGGCAGCGGGCUGUGCACAGCUGCAUGGCCCUUCUCAGAUUCCUGAGCCACAACCCCUACCUGGAUCCAAAAGAGGACUUCAGGCGGAUUGGGCAGCUGGUGGGCAUGCUGGGGAUUUUGUGCCAGGACCCGGACAGGGCCACCCAGCAGUCCAGCCUGGAAGGGGUAGGCCACCUCUACCAGCUCCUGAUACGCCAGAGAGCGAGGGAAACUCCAAAGGUGGAGGUGCAGGCCCCCGAGCAGCUUUCCCAGGCCAACGUGGAUGGGGCUCCCGUCUGGAGCAGUGGAGACCAGAAGACAGCUCCCACCACCUCUCAGGAGAUGGCAUUCCCGAAGGAUGGCAUCCUCCAGCUUGGCAGCUCCCAAGUCAUCAAGGAGGUCAUGAAGCAUCUCACGAUGGUAGAGCUGACCGACCUCAUCUGGACAGCCAUUGACGGCCUGGGCUCCACCAGCCCCUUCCGCGUUCAGGCAGCCGCCGACAUGCUGCUCACCACCAUCAAGGAGCAUGGGUCCAGCCUGGAGACCGUUGCCAACCUGGGCCGGGCCAUCCACUUGCAGCUCUGCUCUGUCCGCAUCCCCCAAGCCAAAGAAAAUGCUCUGCACGCCAUCACCCUGCUAGCCCGGAACCACACACAGGAGUUGGUGGCCACCUUCCUGGACUUCUCCAUACCCCUGGACAGCCACGCCUUCCGCUUGUGGAGGGCCCUGGGGGCCGAGCAGCCCGUGAGCCGCCUGGUACUGGCCAUGCUGCUGGCCUGGCUGCGGGAGCGGCCACUGCCCGCCGGGGCCAGAGACGGCAGCCCCCAGCCCAAGGACAAGCCCCGCCUGCGCUCGCUCGCUGCCAUGAACACCCUGCAUGAGCUGCAGUUUGCCCGCGAGUUCAAGAAGGCGGUGCAAGAGGCCUACCCCGAGAUGCUCCUGGCCCUCCUCACCCAGACGCACUACAUCUUGGAGCUGAACCUGCUGGAGGAGCCCCAGCCCGGCCAGAAGGCCCCCGAGGCGGCCACGUCCAGCCCGCAGAGCUGUCCCACGUCCCUGGAAGCGCUGAAAAGUCUGCUGUCCACCACGGGGCACUGGCAGGACUUUGCACACCUGGAGCUGCAGGGCGCCUGGAAGCUCUUCACCACCAUCCACACCUACCCGCAGGGCGUGGGUCUCCUGGCCAGGGCCAUGGUGCAGAACCACUGCAAGCAGAUCAAGGCAGUGACCGGCCUGCUGCUGCCCAGCCUGCAGAGCAAGGAGGAGCGGGAGAGGAAGGCGGCCAUCCUCAUCCUCACUGAGUUCCUCUACAGCCCUGCCCUGCUGGAGGUGCUCCCCAGACAGGCUGCCCUGACUGCGCUGGCCCGAAGCCUCAGGGACCCCAGCCCUGAGGUCCGUGUGUUGAGCCUGCAGGGCCUAGGAAACAUCCUUUUCCACCCAGAGAAGGGAAGCCUGCUCCGUGGACAGCUGCCGCCCUUCCUCGACGGCUUCUUCCAGAACAGCGAGCAGGUGGUCGUGCAGGUCAUGGGCACCGUGUCGGACAUGCUGCACCGCCUGGGGGCACACGGUGCGGGCGCCCAAAGCCUCGGGGUCGCCAUCAACGCCCGCUUCUUUUUUGAUGACGAGCGGGAUGGGAUCCGAGCGGCGGCCAUGGCAUUGUUCGGGGACCUGGUGGCAGCCGUGGCGGGCAGGGAGCUAAGCGGCCUGCGGACCCAGGUACACCAGAGCAUGGUGCCCCUGCUCCUGCACCUGAAGGACCGCUGUCCGGCGGUCGUCACGCAGGCCAAGUUUGCCCUGUACCGCUGCGCGGUGCUGCUCCGGUGGCCCCUUCGGCACACCCUGUUCUGCACUCUGGCCUGGGAGAGGGGCCUCAGCGCCCGCCACUUCCUCUGGACCUGCCUGAUGACGCACAGCCAGGAGGAGUUCGGCAUCCACUUGGCGCAGGCCCUCCGCUCCCUGCACAGCCGCCACCAGCACGUCAAGACCUGGGCGGCGCUCUUCAUAGGUCACACCCUCUGCUACCAGCCCCAGGCCGUGUGCCAGAUGGUGAACAGUGCAGACACAAACCUGCUGUUCUCCACUUUUGAAGAUCUCAAAAAAGACCCAGAGCCCGGCAUCCGGGAAUUUGCCACCAGACAGUUCUCCUUCCUUCAGAAGGUGGCAGCCAGACCGCAGUGACCUCCAGCCAUCCUCCCUCACCCUCCUCUUCCUCUCCUGUGCCCCCCCCGAAUCGGUCAGCCCCGCCCUGUCCACACAGAGCUGGGUUGCAUAACAGUUUUCCAUUUGAAAGAAAGAUCUAGAUUCAACAAAGAAGCGUCACACCUGUCUGCUCCCUGCCCACCACCUCAUGGCCCCAGAAGACGAGGCAAGCCCAGGGGACACUGGCAGGCCUAGGGGACAGGGGGCAGACCAGGUCUCCCAGAGACAAACUGUGAAGUCUGGGCAGCGUCCCGCAAAUGACAGCUGUGGAGGUCAGGGGGACUCCACCUGACCAGAGCCCAUGCCAUGGCCCGCUGGCGUCCUGAGCGCCGAGAAGGCCCUCCAAGGGCAGCCACAGGGGGAUGGAGCCAUUCACCAGGACUCCCCCCACACCUGAGUCUUCAGUCUGUCUCUUGCCUGGAGCUCUAGAGUCACCAAGGGGCUGGCAAUAGGGAAACGGUCCCUUGGCGGGCCUCCCUCCAGGGGACUCCAGGUCUCCCUCCACCCUGACCCCUAUCCUCGUGGGCACCUGAGGUUCACAGCAGACCCAGCCUGGGUGGGAGCCAGACCUUCCCGGCGGGGCCCGCAUGAGCUAUGUGGCCUGAGGCAACGGUCUCUGUCCGCUCUGCCUCAGCUACUCCAUCUGGAAAAUGGGUAGUAAGGCCUUCCUCCUGAGAGCCCUCCCAGGGCUGAGUCCAGAGGAGGUCCCUCCCUGGCAGGGACCCCCACCUCCCAGGCAGCCACCUGGAGGCCCGCCUGACCUUCAGCCAGGUCCUCCCUUUUCAGCCUUGGUUUCCCCACAUGUGAAAUGGGCAGGUGGGUCUUUCCCUUGCCUGCUGAAGUUCCUCCUAGGGCCUCACCCCCAGGCUGGCCCUCUCAGGACCCCCACCAGCUGGCCCCUCACCAGCCUUAUCCGUCACGUGCCCACACUGACCCCUCCACACCUUUGCUCAGGAAGCUCUUUCCACCUGCAGCACCUUCCCCACUCUCUCCCACCUGGGGGCCUCCACACUGCCCCCUCCUCUGAGGACGAGCCCCACCAGAGGGAGCCCCCACCCCAACCCGUCCUCAGCCCCGGAGCCUGAGCCACCCCUCCCUUGCACCAGACACACUCCAGGCUUUCACCCACCCCACCCCCCAGAGUCUG